AUGUCAAUCGCUGAAUAUUUUUCGAGUAUUACUCAGAGUAAACUUGGCCAAUCCUUACUCGUUGGUUCUGUUUUAAUUGGGGUGUUCAAGAUCACCACUUUCUCCUUGAGUGUAGUCUCUUUAGUUUUUGAUUUAUUCAUUUUACCCGCAACCAACUAUUCGAAAUAUGGGGCUAAAAAGGGUAAUUGGGCUGUUAUUACUGGUGCCUCUGAUGGGUUAGGUAAGGAGUACGCUUUACAGUUGGCUGCUAAAGGAUUGAAUAUUGUGCUUAUUUCCAGAACACAAUCCAAGUUGGAAUUACUUGCAACUGACAUUGAAAGUAAAUAUAAGGUUUCCACUAAAAUCAUAGCAUUUGAUGCUUCUACCGAUGAAGAUGAAAAUUAUCUUAAAAUCAGUAACGCAAUUGAUGGCUUACCUGUUACUGUUUUAAUCAAUAACGUUGGUCAAUCGCAUUCUAUUCCUGUUCCUUUUGUUGAAACUGAGUUAAAAGAAUUAACCGAUAUUGUCACUAUUAAUAAUCUUGUUACUUUAAAGAUCACUCAAACUGUUCUUCCAGUAAUCAAGCAAACUUUAAAUCAAGAUAAAAAGAUUCGCGGUUUGAUUUUAACCAUGGGAUCAUUUGGUGGUUUAUUUCCAACUGCUUAUUUAGCCACUUAUUCUGGUUCCAAAGCUUUUUUACAAAACUGGUCUAAUGCUUUAGCUGGUGAAUUGGCUCCUGAAAAAAUUGAUGUUGAAUUAGUUCUUUCUUAUUUGGUUACUUCUGCAAUGUCUAAAAUAAAGAGACCUUCUUUACUUAUUCCAAAUGCUAAAAAUUUUGUUAAAUCCGCCAUUAACAGCGUUGGUUACCGUGGUGGUGCUCAAGAAAGAUUUGCUACAAACACUCCUUACUGGACUCAUGCUCUUAUGCAUUUUGCUGUUGCAAAUUCAGUUGGUAUUUACUCAAAGAUUGCUAAUACCAUCAAUUUCAACAUGCAUAAAAGCAUUCGUGUUAGAGCUUUAAAGAAAGCUGCUCGUUUAGCCAAUGAAAAGAAAGAUUAG